AUGUCGGACUUCUCUCUCCCGACCGCUAUUCCUCUCGACACCAAACCGUCGUUUGAUGACACGAUAUCAGCUAUUGAGGAUGUUGAACCAACCGACCCCUCUAACGUUUUUCCACACCUCAGCUCCAAUGAUGCCAGCAUCAUAAGAGAGUGGAAUGAAAGUGUGCCCAGCAAGGUCGACCGAUGCGUGCAUGACCUCAUUCAAUCUCGUAGCUUGUCGCAACCAGGAGCUGUGGCAGUUCGUGCCAGUGAUGGACGGCUCACGUAUCAUGAGCUGGACAUGAUGUCGUCCACGCUGGCAACCCAGCUGGUCAGUUAUGACAUGGGCCCAAAUCGGAUUGUACCCCUCAUCUUCGAGAAGUCGAUGUGGACUACAGUAGCUUUGUUGGGUGUCAUGAAGGCAGGUGGUGCAUUUCUCCUUCUUGAUAUUGCCCAUCCAGUUGCACGACUGAAGGAGAUACUUGGUAUAACUGCUGCGAGGCUCGUCAUUGCUUCCGAGAGGCAGGCUAAGCUUGCUCAACAGCUCGAUCUGGACGUGGUUUAUGUGGGCGCCAAUGUGAAUGCACCCAACAAGACCGAGUCGUGUCCUCCAUUGGCACCAGUCCAUCCACACCGUCCCGCCUACUGCGUUUUUACAUCAGGUUCAACGGGGUCGCCAAAAGGAUUCUGCGUUCAGCAUGAUGCAUUUGCGACAAUGGCGGCAGUUGUCCCAGAGGCGUUCAACCUAUCGUCGACAAGUCGAGUGUUCCAAUUCGCGUCUCACGCUUUCGAUGCAAGUGUCUUUGAGUACCUUGCAUGCCUCGUGAUGGGUGGUUGUUUGUGUAUUCCCUCCGAGUCUGCGCGCACGAGCUCUCUUGCCGAAGCCAUCAAUGUAUUCCAAGCCAACUGGAUUAUCUUGACUCCAUCUGUGAGCCGCAUUAUAUCACCUGCUCAAGUACCAACACUACGCACACUUGUCAUGACUGGGGAACCUAUGAGAGAAGAUGAUGUCAACAGAUGGUCUGGCAACCUUCGACUUGUAAAUGGCUACGGACCUUCAGAGUGUGCUGUUUGCUGUGCUGUGUACCAAUCCGUCACUUCUGCCACUGAGCCCGGUCAGAUUGGCCGUCCACUCGGAGCUGUCCUAUGGCUUGUCGACGCGGAAGACCACGAGCGGCUAGUGGAAAUUGGCGCAGUUGGAGAGAUUCUAGUCGAAGGACACACCGUGGGAAAGGGCUAUCUUUCCAACCAGGAACAGACAGCCAAGAGCCUUGUCGAUGCACCUCGCUGGCUGACAGAUUUCCGACAGGCUCCAUGCAGCCUAGUGUACAAGACUGGUGACUUAGCCGUGUACCUGCCGGAUGGAACGUUGCGACUUCAUGGGAGAAAGGAUAACCAGGUGAAGAUUCGAGGUCAAAGAGUUGAGCUCGUGGAGGUAGAGCAGCGACUGAAGAACUUCUACCCUCCUGAAGUCGAGGUUGUGGCUGAAAUAGCCAAGACAGCCCAAGAACCAAUGCUCAUCGCUUUUGUUUGUCAUUCCCAGUCUUUGGAACCUGACAAGAGUAUUCUGAGCGCGCCUGAUGUUUCUUUCCUUGCCACGGCCCGGGAAGCUGCGAACACGUUACGCCAAACUGCCCCUGAUUACAUGGUUCCCUCCACAUUCUUCCCUGUCAAUUUCCUUCCAACCACAAUUACAGGCAAGACUGAUCGCCGUCAGCUGCGGUUAGCGGUGGAAAGACUGUCUCGCCUGGAGCUUGCUGAAUAUAAUACCCCUUCCGCAGCCCCUGACGAUCCACGGCUCGUUUCAGACCCGACGCAACUAGCUUUGCGGAAGCUGUGGUGCCAGGUGCUCCACUUGGGUGGCGAUGGGGAUGGCAUCGGACCGAACCAUAACUUUUUCCAUCUCGGAGGCACAUCAAUUAAUGCAAUGCAACUUGCAUCUUUGUGUCAGAAGAAUGGGGUUCAAAUCCGAGUUUCAACCAUUCUGGCCAACCCUGAGCUCGACAAAAUGUCCUCCGCGAUUGAUAAUCGUCAUGACCAAGGCGAAUGGCUUGUCAGCUCCAUAAACUCUGUACAAGGUGUCAAGGAAGAGCUAAUCAAAGCUAAGCUUAUAUCCUCACAUGCGGUUGACAUUUUCCCUAGCACUGAAUUCCAGAGAUGGAAUUUACAGCAGCCCUGCGACCACCUCUCUAUCCAACUACCGGCGGAAGUAGAUAUCCCACGCUUACAGGCUGCCUGGCAGAAAGUUGUGAACAGACAUGCAGCUCUACGAACGGAAUUUCUGUCCUGGAAGGAUCACACAUUCCAGGUUGUCCAUCAUGAUGUUGAGCUCUCAUUGGAACUAAUUGAUGUCGAUGAGGAUCUCUCGUGCGCUAUUGAAAGCCUCACGCAUGAGCCAUCACGCCAGUACCCAUAUCUUGGCACACUGCCAUUUCAUCUCACUCUGAUAUCGAGGCGUGGACAUCGGACCCUCUUGGUCCGUAUCAGUCAUGCGCAAUAUGACGGAAUUUCAUUGCAGAUUCUUUACCGCGACUUGAUGGCUGCGUAUUCCGGGAGAUAUUUGGCUCAACGGACAGACUUCCCUGACUACAUGAGGGUCCGUUGUGCUCAAAACAGGCCGAAAGCGUUUGACUACUGGCGAAAGGUACUGGACGGGGCCACUAUGCCAACAUUGUGGCAGCCCCGCCCAGAUCCACCGGGCUCUCUAUCUCUCCACAUGCAAGACGUUCAGCUCCCCCUGCCUCCCACGGGGAUUACUCAGGCAACCUUACUCAUGUCCUCCUGGGCCUGGGUUCUGGCGGGGAUCACCGGCCAACCGGAUGUCAUCUUCGGGUAUGUAUCCAGUGGCCGAGAUGUUCCAUUGGAUGGGGCAAAUGACUUUUUUGGCUCAGCUGUGACUACGGUGCCCUUGCGUCUCGUCAUUCAAAAGUCUUGGUCUAUUGCCGAUUUCCUAUGGGCUGUUCAGAUGCAACGCAUAUCGAACGCUCAAUAUGAAGUCGUUGAUUUUGAGGACAUUGUUUCUCAAAGUACAUCAUGGUCUACGGGCACUCAGCUUGGUAGCGUGUUUUCCUAUGAAGAUUUCGGUGCUAGUUCCGAAAUCGUGCUUGAAGAGACCCGCUGUGCUUCUCGUUUCCAUUUCCAGAAAGCCCCCACAGUACCUUACGCCUUGAUUGCCCCCCAGGAGAAUUCUACAGGGGUUCGGGUCGCCGGUCGGACAGACUUCCUUUCCCAAGAUGAAGCGGUGAGGCUUUGCGAAAUGCUCAGCUCCACCGCAAUCAAGUUUGCGGAAAGUCCCGACGGGGCCUUACCUUGGAGAGUUUAG